UAUGGAUGAUCUACAAGACCAAUACGACCUUAACACUAUUAUAGCAGCACUACGGCAAGUUCAACAAGAUAAUCAGGCCCUUCAUCAAGAAAACGAAGCCUUACGAAUUACGGUUGACCAAUUAGCCACUCAGAACCCUAAUGAUUUUAAGCAAACAAUGCCCAAAAUAAGUCUACCUGACAAGUUCAACAGAUCACACAUGAAUUUUCGUGGGUUCCUAAACCAAAUACGUCUUAUUAUACGGCUGCAGCCACAACGCUAUCCAAACGAUGCAACUCAAGUUGGCUUGUUAGGAAGUCUGUUGACAGGUUCAGCCCUGGCGUGGUUUGCGCCUCUAUUAGAAAAGUCAUCACCCCUACUUGAAAAUUUUGAUGACUUCGUUGAAGU